UGGGCAUGGAGGGGGAGUGCAGACCCCUGGCUGGGGCCCCACCUUGCCUCAAAAGUCCCUCCCUUCCCCCGCUCCAUGGCACCUGAUGGCUUAUCUCUCCUGUCAGCUGCCAUCGCGCCUAAGGACAUGGUCUUCUACAGUUUCCUGAAGCCCUGGCUGGGGGAUGGGCUCCUGCUGAGUGGUGGUGACAAGUGGAGCAGGCACCGCCGCAUGCUGACACCCGCCUUCCACUUCAACAUCCUGAAGUCCUACGUGAGGAUUUUCAAUGACAGUGUGAACAUCAUGCACGCCAAGUGGAAGCGCCUGGCCUCAGAGGGCAGUGCCCAUCUGGACAUGUUUGAGCACAUCAGCCUCAUGACGCUCGACAGUCUGCAGAAAUGUGUCUUCAGUUUCGACAGCGAUUGCCAGGAGAAGCCUAGUGAAUACAUUUCUGGUGUCUUGGAGCUCAGUGCCCUUGUGAGAAAGCGGGAUGAGCAGAUCUUCCUGUACAUGGACUCCCUGUACCACCUCACCUCUGAGGGACAGCGCUUCCGUAGGGUCUGCCGCCUGGUGCACGACUUCACAGAUUCCAUCAUCCAGGAGCGGCGCCGCACCCUUCCCGAUCAGGGUCUUGAUGACCUCCUCAAGGCCAAGGCUAAGGUCAAGACUUUGGACUUCAUCGAUGUGCUCCUGCUGGCCAAGGAUGAAGAUGGGAAGGAACUGUCAGAUGAGGACAUCCGAGCUGAAGUUGACACCUUUAUGUUUGCGGGACAUGACACCACAGCCAGCGGCCUCUCCUGGGUCCUGUACAACCUCGCGAGGCAUCCAGAGCACCAGGAGCGCUGCCGGCAGGAGGUGCGAGAGCUCCUGAGGGACCGCGAGCCUAAAGAGAUUGAGUGGUGA